GUGCCAUAGAGAAUACUGAACUGUUUAUAAUACAUAUGAAAUACAGUAAUAAUAUUGAAAUCAGUGUUAAAUAAAUACUUUCUAUGCUGUAAUUCAGUUUAUAUCAACCAAAAAAAGAAGGGACCUUUUUCUUAAAAAAAAAAAACAAAACAUUUUUGUGGUUAAGUAUAUAAUGGAAUGGGCGGAGGGAGGAAAUUUGAAAAAAGUAAGUUGAAGUUUGAAAUCACGCCGGAAUCUUGUACCGCCAGUUUCCAUAUCUCCGGCCAACUCACUCGUCGUAAUCGAUCUUUCCGAGACUGGUUUGGACUGUUUUUUCUUGAGCCUAGGGUCUAUUGGAAACAACCUCUCUACCUUUGAGAGAAUUUGUAUAUCUCCAUGCCAAGAAGGAGAGGAAGAACUCGCAAAACAACUGAAGUUGUAGAGGAUGCUAAUGAAGAGCAACAGCAUCAAGUGGAAAUAGAAGAUGAUACAUUCAAGCAGGAAGCUGAACGUCAAUGUGCUGCUGUCAGGGCUAUUCGUGAUGUGGAGAUUGAACACUUAAAAAAUAUGUUGAAAUUGCUUCGAUCAAAUUUCAGUAAUGAACAGCUGCAAGUUCCAGUAUUGCAGUUUUUUGAGGAAAAGUUCCCAAACCUGGCUAUUGUAAAAAAUCAGAAAAAUGGCCAGUAUGAAGUGCAACGGAAAGACAAUGAAGGUAAUUUUAGCAUGGACCAGUUUGAUGGAAGGAAUCUACAUGCUUCUCUUCUUCAUAACCUGUCCAUGGUGUACCCAGAUUGCUCCAGUGCCAUGCCGUCACUUGGUGGAUUUGAAUUCUCAAAUAAAUCUGUUAAAACAACCCUCUAUGGUGUCGAAAACCUCCAGAUCAAGGGAUUUGUCUUGGAAGAGCCAUCAGAUACCCAAAUGCUUGAUCUGCCUGAUACUAUGCAGACACCUGGUGCGAAUAGUAACAGAUUAUCUGUUGGGAUGACUCCCAAAACUUUAAGGCUGCCUAAACCUGGGGAAAUGCUUCUAUCUGUCCACGGAUCUCCUCUCGGUGUUUACAAGGAAGACAAUAUGGAAGCGAUACGUGAGUCUGAAGAGUGAAGAUGGAUGACUCCGAGUAAUCUGUUAGCGCAGGGGUAGAAGAUACAUUUCAUCUGAUGUAAUAAUGUUUGAAACUCAUCAUCAAGACUAACCCGUAGUCGUAAUUUUGUUGAUGAGUUCGUAGAGUCCUUUGCCAGCCUCCGUUUGUCUUGUUCCGUCCUUUUUUAUAUUUCCUUUCCCCUUUCCUUUGUUAUGCUAGGGAGGGUUCUGACUAUUUUUCCGUAGGUUAUGAAGCUGGAAAAGUGAUUCUCCUUGUAAAUAAUUUGUAAGAGUUACAAGAUAUUUAGUGAUUAGAGAUGGUCUAGUUCUUAAAUCUUAA